UUCCCUGGCGGGCGCGCACGGGCUCCCCUGGGUCCUAGUGCUGCCUGUCAGACAUACUGCCGACCAGGACAGUCGCUCAUUCGCAGCUCCAGUGCAGGGUGACCUGCAGCCACCGGGUCGGCCAUGAGGGGCACACCCCUGCUCCUCGUCUUUCUGUUCGCCCUGCUUCGGUGGCGUGGGGACUGCCGCCUGGCCAAUGCAGAGGAGAAGCUGAUGGAUGACCUCCUGAACAAAACCCGCUACAACAACCUGAUCCGCCCAGCCACCAGCGCCUCUCAGCUCAUCUCCGUCCAGCUGGAGCUAUUAUUGUCCCAGCUCAUCAGUGUGAAUGAACGAGAACAAAUCAUGACCACCAACAUCUGGCUGAAGCAGGAAUGGACUGACUACCGCCUGGCCUGGAACAGCUCCUAUUAUGAAGGGGUGAACAUUCUGAGGAUCCCUGCAAAGCGUGUCUGGUUGCCUGACAUCGUCUUGUAUAACAAUGCUGAUGGGACCUACGAGGUGUCUUUCUACGCCAACGUCAUCGUGCGUUCCAAUGGCAGCAUCCAGUGGCUGCCCCCUGCCAUCUACAAGAGCGCCUGCAAGAUUGAGGUGAAGCACUUUCCCUUUGACCAGCAGAACUGCACUCUCAAGUUCCGCUCCUGGACCUACGACCACACAGAGAUCGACAUGGUCCUUAAAUCGCCCACGGCCGUCAUGGAUGACUUUACCCCCAGUGGCGAGUGGGACAUCGUGGCCCUCCCGGGGCGAAGGACAGUGAACCCGCAGGACCCCAGCUACGUGGAUGUGACCUAUGACUUCAUCAUCAAGCGCAAGCCGCUCUUCUACACCAUCAACCUCAUCAUCCCCUGCGUGCUCAUCACCUCGCUGGCCAUCCUGGUCUUCUACCUGCCCUCGGACUGCGGGGAGAAGAUGACGCUCUGCAUCUCCGUGCUGCUAGCCCUCACGUUCUUCUUGCUGCUGAUCUCCAAGAUUGUGCCUCCCACCUCCCUUGACGUCCCGCUCAUUGGCAAGUACCUCUUGUUUACCAUGGUGCUGGUCACCUUUUCCAUCGUCACCACUGUCUGUGUCCUCAACGUUCACCACCGCUCCCCCAGCACUCACACCAUGGCUGCCUGGGUCAAGGACUGCUUCCUGCACAAGCUGCCCACCUUCCUCUUCAUGAAGCGCCCGGGUCUCAAAGUUAACCCAGCUGGGGCCCCUCAUCCCAGCCAGUUGCACCUGACCUCAGCUGAUGCUGCCACUACCUCUGCCUUAGGCCCCACCAGCCCAUCCAACGUCUACGGGCAUUCCAUGUACUUUGUGAACCCCGUCCUUGCCGCUCCCAAGUCUGCCGUCGGCUCCCACACAGCAGGCAACCCCAGGGAUGCCCGCCUGAGGUCCUCGGGGAGGUUCCGGCAGGACCUACAGGAAGCUUUAGAGGGCGUCAACUUCAUCGCCCAGCAUCUGAAGAGUGAUGACCAAGAUCAGAGCGUCAUCGAGGACUGGAAAUUCGUAGCGAUGGUCGUCGACCGCCUGUUCCUGUGGGUGUUUGUGUUUGUGUGUAUCCUGGGCACGGUGGGGCUCUUCCUUCCUCCCCUCUUUCAGACCCACGCACCUUCCAAGGGCACCUAGGCUCCCCAGCGUGCCAAGGGCCCCUGGGUUACAGUAAGAUGAUGUGAGAAGCCAAGUGGGCAGUUCACUGCUUCCUCUGGGUCCCAGCUAUUGAGGCCCUAAGUAAAAACGUGACCACUGGCAGUCAGCCCCAUGAAACCAGCCACAGCCGUGAGAAGGACAAGGAUGGCUAGCUUGCACUGUCCCCUCAGAUGCCUUUGAGUAAGUUCCCAAAGGAGUGGGUUAGGCUGUGGACGUUCAGCCUGGCCUCCUUCCUUCCCUGUGUCUGGCCCUGGAGUCAGUCAUCCGAGCAGCAUCUGCUGUGCCAUGUACCAAGCCAUCACACGCCAGCCUGCCUUUCCAUCCAUCUCCCUCCACCCCCAGCUGCCCAAUAGAUUCCUGGCUCUUCCUCCAUCUCCUCAUGCUUCCAGAUCCCCAGGUCAGAAUCUCUAUAUCUGCUGUGGUUCCUGCCCAAAUCCUCACACGCUUACUGCCCAAGGUUUUCACAUGGCUGUUCUAGUCAGGGCUCUGCUCCCAUAAUCCUCUGCUCCAUUGUCAUGUCUUGUAGAAGCCUUCCCUAGUCGUACAUUCCGAAGUAGUGUCUCCUAUGACGGCAUUAAACUUACAGCCUGUUUGAAUGUCCCCCAUUGGUACCUACAGCUCUUAGUUGGUGGCAUACCAGUCACCUAUAUCUUGCCCAUGGGAGUGUGUGCUCCACAAAACAAGGGCUUGAGACAGCGCUCUGCACACAGAAGGUGAAAAAUAAAUAUUUGUUGAAUGAA